GGAGGAGGAGGGAAUCGGAGGAGGCGGUGGCGGUGGCGGCGGUGACGGAUUCCUCUGGUACAAAAGUACCUUAGGAGAAGAGGUAGAAUCACAAAUAUUCUGAGUGACCAACUAUCUAAAAGAGAGGACAUAUAUAAGAAACCAUGGGUAAAUCAUUUUCUCAAUUACCUAACUUCCCAAGACAAAGCAAGAAAGAGGAUACAGCACCCAUUGUGCCAGAGGCUAAAGGGACAGUUCCAGAAAACACAAAUGAAGUACAGGACAGUAAUGGAGAGGCCAAUUCCCAUGUUCCAUAUGUAGAGUUCGUGGGAAGAGAGAGCAUCACAUGCCCCACCUGCCAAGGGACAGGAAGAAUACCAAGAGGCCAAGAGAAUGAGCUGGUAGCUCUGAUUCCGUACAGUGACCAGAGGCUGCAACCACAACGAACGAAGCUUUCUGUGGCAAUCGCUGUGGUGAUCAGUCUUCUGAUUAGCGGACUUGCGAUCUUCUUCCUUUUCCCACGUUCCAUUAAAGUAGAACAUGUUGGUAUUAAGUCAGCCUACAUCACCGAUGACAAGACGGAUUAUAGAGUUAUUCUUAAAAUAACGAAUAUAAUAAAUGUAACAAACCACAACUUCUACAGCAUCAGCAUUACUGAUCUCAGUGUGCAGAUUGUGUUUUUUAAUGAAGUCCUUGGAACUGUCAACAUGAAAAACACUACAGUUUUCAGGCCUUUGGGAGGUGGCCAGAUUUUCUAUGAGGUGACUGCUGUGCUAGAUGAUCUAGGAAUGUACCAUUACUGCACAAUGCCUGAAAUCAAAGUGCACAAUAUUGUGAUCUCAAUUCAAGCAACAGUGACAGCUUGGUAUUUGUCUCAUUCUGAGCAAGUCUCCUUCGAUGCCUACCAAUACGUUGACUGUGGCUCCAACACCACCCGUCUUCACAGCCCCUACUACCCUUCCCAGGGCACCCAUUUGCAAGAGCUGCUCAGUUAACGCAAAUGGUGUUAGUGCCCUUUUCACUAAAGGCUUCCAGCAUGGCACAAACACUUCUCUGUGUGUAGAUAUUGUGCUCCUGGACUGAUGACACAACCCGUCAGCCAGUUCUGCACUCAUCUGCCUGAUUAUUUUAUAGUGCUCUGUGUGGCAAUGUAAUACUUGUAAGAGGAGUACAUUAAUUUGGGAUAUGGAGCAUGUAAUGGCAGUUAGAUAAUCUGAUAGUUCUAGUAAUAGGAAGUUCUGCUGAACUACCAGAGCUGGAAGAUGAAUUAAAUUCAGCUGGGAAAAGAACAGGGGCUGAACUGUGAACUGAUGUUUGUUGAUCGAUUUCAGAUAAAAUAGCUGCACUUUUCAUGACCUCCAAAUUUAAAUGUAUGAUUCCUUAAAUAAGUCACCAUUUGUUUAUUAGACUGCUGCCUCCCGUUAGAAGAGAUGAGAACAUACAGAAUGCUUCUUUUGUGUAACAUCUGCAGACAACUCUCUAGAUAACAUCUGGGAGGUUCUUAUGCAUUUAUAGAUCGUGUAGAUUGAAAUUCCUAAAAAAGAUACAUAUAUGUAGAAUUAUCAAAAGUAUUUAGACUACAGAAAGACAAGAUAUCCAAUAUCUAACAUGGAAUAAUGGAAUAUGCAAAAUAAUUUAUCAAGCAAAGUCAGAUAUGCAAUACUUAGGUUUGGAACAUUCUGAGUGCAUUAUUUAGUGUAUUCCAGAAAGCUAUAUUGUUUAGUACAUUUCUACCACUGUGAAAGCAAAUUCAUCUAUUUUAUAUAAAAUAUUCAGUGCAGGCCCUGUAUGUUUUAGUAGAUAACUGCUUUGUAUAUUGUAGUAAUGAGCCACACUGGUCAAGAUGAUCCUAUUUUUGACCCCUGCCUUGUUCUGAUCUGGAUGUUCUCUGUUUGGAAAGAGGGGGUGGAAGAUUGAAGUACAUUUUGGCUUAGUGUCCCUGGGCUAGGGCAGGAAAAGUAGACCAUGGUUCCUGCUCCAGAUUGUGAGUGUUGAUUGGGCUCAGCUGUGAUACUCCCUAUAACUGAACUGGCUACGGCCACAUACUGACAAUCCCACACUUGGUGCCAAAGGGUGCCUAUGGGACUAUACCACACCAUGACACCACCUCUUCAGCAAAGGAGGGAAGAAUGCUAGAGAAGAAUAUUUUAAAAAGGAAACCUGAUUGUUUAGAUAAAUGCUUAGCCAAGUUAUAUAGUCAGUCCCAGAAGGUGUCCCCAGUCCAUGAGCACUAAAGUAGCUUUGAGUGUGACUGUGUUUUAACCACACUGAGCAAAUAGCCUAUUUUAAAAAGCCUUAGAUUUAUUAUUGUAGUUAAUAGUAGUAAUUCACUAUUUUAUCUGUCAUUUAUGUACUGUUCUCUCCUGUAAUAUAUUAAGGGAGCAUGUUAGCAUUUUCCGCUUGUGUGCACACUUCAAGUUCCUUUGGGAGGUGAGGGAAUGGUUAUUAGCAUAGAAGGUGCUAUUAUAUUCCAUCUAUAUCAUAGUCACAACUUAACACGUUCCAAAUGCAGUUGGUGAUCCCUGCUCAAAUGCUUUUAAUUAUAGGGGAUUUAAAGUUAUUUAAAGCAGGAUAUUGUUCUUGCCCCAAAUCAACCCACACAGACCCCAACAAACUUGUCUAAAGUUUAUUUUGAUGGGUGUUUGGGAAGAACUCUUUAUUACCAUACAUGGUUCUCAAGAGUGGUUGCUGUCCAUUGGAUUGGGUUUGCUGAUGAGAAACACUUUUUAAAACAUACUUUGCCACUCCAGAUGUGUCAUCACCAAGUUAGAAACUGACUGGCUUGGGCAGGAUUUGCUUCUGUCAAAUUUGCGCACACUGCACCAAGUACUUUUACUGCAGGCCUACACAUUUCGGCAGCCACAGUUUGCAAAUAUAUGUGAAAUCUUUCACAUUAUUCCCAGCCACCGUUUUGUUCAUUACUCAGUGUUUCAGCCACCUAGGACAUUACUUCCUAUUUGCAUCACCAGUGGAAGUAAAGUUAACUCCUGUGUCUCGCAGACAAUACUGAAAAAAUGUAUUUCUGGAUUGAAGAAUAACUCUCUGCAUUCCAUGUUUCAGGCCAAAGUAUUAUCUUGCCAUAUCCACGGUUCAGUUAUAAAUUAGUUUUUCAGCUGAACUCUCUGUCCACUCAUCUUAUGGAGUUGGUGACACCAAUGAUGGUGAAUUUUCUAUUUCUUGCAACGGAAGUAUAAAAUCGAGUGGUAGACCAGGCUUUCUUAGAGGAAGGAAGACCUGUGUAGCUCGAUUCUGUGGGACUUAUUCCCAGUGUAGAGCUCUGUUUGCUGGAACUGUAUGUCACAAAAAGUCACUUAAUGUUAUAGGUCCAAACCUAUGGCCUGUCCCUGUCUUGUGUUGAAAUUAUUAAACAAAAUAGUUUUA